CAAGGGUCGGAUCGCUCCUCUGCCUCUGCAUCAGCGUGUAUAUAAGGCUCGGGCGAGGAGGCGAAUCGUGCCAGUUCGGGAGCCGGAAUCCAACAGUUGCAGAAGCAGAGUCGCCCAAGAUGGCAAGUGAAACUGAAGUGAUCGGAUGGGCUGCCAGGGACACUUCGGGCCACAUGGCCCCGAUCACCUUCUCUCGCAGAGCCCUCGGCCCCCGAGAUGUAAAAAUUUCCAUAAAGUUCUGUGGAGUGUGUCACACUGACUGGACUGUCAUCAGCGGUGAAGUCGUUCCUCCGAACUUCCCCGUGGUGCCCGGGCACGAGAUUGUGGGAGUUGUGGAAGAAGUGGGAUCGGAAGUGACGAAGUUCAAAAUCGGAGAUCAUGCAGCCGUGAGCACCUACGUGAAUUCUUGCGGGUCUUGCAGGGUAUGCGAACGAAAGCUACCUCAGCAUUGCAAGGAUGUAGUGUGGGUUUUCAACUCCGUGAACCCUGCUGACGGACUUCCAACUUAUGGUGGAUACUCGAACUUGAUGGUCGCGGAUGAAAGCUUCUGCUACGUGCUACCGAAGAACUUGCCUUUGGAUGGCGCUGCCCCACUUCUCUGUGCAGGCGCAACUGUGUGGAGUCCCAUGAAACGCUAUGGAAUGGGCAAGAGCGGCAAUCGCUUCGGCGUGGUGGGAUUAGGAGGCCUGGGCCACAUCGCCUUGAAAUUUGCCAAGGCCUUGGGGAUGCAUGCCACUGUAAUCAGCACAUCCCCUGCGAAAGAAAAAAUGGCCCGAGAAGAACUAGGAGCUGAUAACUUCAUCGUAUCCAAGGAUCCAAAGCAGAUGGAGGAAGCAGCAGGCACUUUGGACUUUAUCAUCGAUACCGUUUCGGGCAUACAUCCUUUGGACCCGUUGAUGAACCUUCUCGCCCCGCAAGGACAAUUUAUUUUCGUUGGUAUAGGCCUUGGAAAACUCGAGAUUGAUUCACUCCCCAUGUGUUUCGGAGGAACAAGUAUCGGAUCAAGUUCCAUCGCUACUCAGGCCGAGCUGCAGGAUAUGUUGGACUUCUGUGGCGAGAAGAAUUUAGUUUGCACGAUUGAGAAAAUUCCCAUCGACUACAUCAACGAAGCCUUCAAGAGAAUGCUCAAGGGAGACGUGCACUUCAGAUUUGUGAUUGACGUGGGAAACACUCUGAAACCUCAGAACUAGGUACUGCAGUGGAGUUGCUUGUACUGCGCCAAAAUUCUCUAUGCUCGAUGAAUGCUCGGAAGAAGAGCACACAGAUAAUUUGACAGUCGGUUCUUUCACGAAAUAUGGAGACAACUUCUUGUUGUCCAACUUACUUUCUUCAAUGAGACCAGUGAAUCGAAACUCCGGAUACAAGAUUGGAUACAAGAUUGGUGGAGCGUUUCUCUGAAAUGAUAGUAUCCAGCAUCCGAGCUCCGUGAAGGGGUUAUUAAACUCUCGAGUUUAGAAGAAAGAGAAUCAGUCUAAUGGGGACGCUAUGGUUACAAAUUCACUUGAGCGCGCUUAGUUGUAGCGAUGGAUAGGAAAGCAACGCAAAGACCGGACCUUGCUAUGAGGUUGGAGUUGGAUUAUCCAAGAGUGCGGUCAAGAUUGAAAGUCUGCAAGUUCGCAAUGUCGGUAAAAAAGCGUCUCCAACAUCACGUUAAAUUCUGCUCGUUAUAAUUCUUACAUCUCCGGAUUUGGUGAGUAUGAUAGGGAUGAGUCCGUUUUUUAUUACAAAAAAUACAUACAAAUUUACAACGUCUUAACAACGUUUGAAAUAAAGACAA